CGUUGCAUUGUUGUCGGUAAUUAUCGAGUUUUUAAGAAAUUUGCUUAAUUUCUUAUUUAAAUCAAAAAAUUCUUAAUGUUUUUAAUUAAUUAUAAUAUUACAAGUUAAUUUCAUUAAAGAACAAUGCCAGAAUAUAUGCGCUGGCAGUAUCCAGAAUUACCCGAAGAUGUUAAUAAAUUAUUAAUGCAAAAUGAUAAAAAGCUAGUAGUGGUGGGUGUUAUAGGUAAAUCGGCUUUUCCCGAUUGCAAUAAAAUGGUAGGUUUAGAAGUACUAGAUCGACAUCCCAGUCUAAUAAAACAUGAACCCAACGAGGGACAAAUACAAUUCUACUACAAACCUAUGGAAUCAAUAUUAUAUUUACAUUUUGAGACCACUUACGAUGCCGCCUGUAUGCAAAAAAUGCUUUUGGCCGAAUUGGAACAGCAAACAUUUGAUCAGUUUUUAACAUUUCAUCAAAAAAUACGCAAUCGUUUUGCCCGCAUGUUUCUGUUUGCAACUCAGGUGUGUCAUUUAAUAGUAUUUGUGGAAUUAAGUGUAACCUUUGAUGCCUCAUUGUUGGGCAUGUUUAAAGCUUUAAAGAUUAUCAGAGACCGUCAUGUUUUAAAGUUUCUGCCUAAAUUAAUGAAAAAUACCAGCACAGGAUUUAUGUUGGGUAAAUGUGCCCGUUUAUGUUCUCCUAGACUUUUAUUUUUAUUUGAAAAUUUGCCUAAUGGUCAUGAGAAAACCAAAGAAGCAAUUUCAAAAUCUGAAUUUGAUGUUGAGGAUAAUAUUUACAAAAUGUUGCGCAAUGAAUUUGUGGUGGUUAAUAAUAGUAAUAAUUCCUUAUUUUCUAUACCCGCCAAUUUACGUUUUGUUUAUUAUAAUUUAAAUGAUAAAUUAAGAGAAGAUCCUUUAUUGAAAUCUGUGGAAAUGUUACAAGAAUUAAUACAAAAACCCAAUUUUACACAAGAUGAUGAAGACUUAGAUGAUCUGCUGCCUUUUAAGGGCUUUGGCAAACCUUUGAAUUUAAACAAUUGUGAAAAUAAAUCAGAAUCUUUGGAAGAUUUAUAUGUAAAAAAUCGCAAGUUUAAAGAUUUUUUAAAAGAGCAUGUAGAUCAAGCUUUUGAUGUGGGUUUUAAUGAUAAUUUGACCAAAUUUAAAGGCAAAAAUCAUUUUGUGCUUUUAUCUUUUAAACCUUGGUUUGAAACUUUUAAAUUGUUGCAUAAAUUAUUUAUAGAAAAUCCCGAUAAUAAAUCAUUUGAGGCCAAUGAUCCUGAUUAUAAAUCUUAUUUGGAAAAUUUUGAUAAAAUCUUAAAUUAUGAUAGCGAAUUUUUUAAGGCCUGUUGUGAUAUUGGUCUUCAGAAGGCCUUUUCCAUGUAUAACAAUCCUACUUUAACCUAUUACAGUGGGGUGGUACACAAAAAGUUGGUCGAAGAGGCGGUUACGUUAUAUAUGAAAUACGCACGCGGUCCUGAUACAGCAACUAAUGAGGCAAAAUUACGGGAAAUGUGUGAAACUUCUUGGAAAUGUGGUAAAGAACAAUGUGAAUAUCCAAGUUUAAGGGGUAAUCCCUGUGCUAGAGCCAAGCAUAUAGCUAAAGAUCCCACAGAACAUACCAGUCGUUUAAUAUUCAUAUCUGCCUGUAAUUGUGGCAAAACACAGGGAAGACGUGAAGAUCCCUAUAGUAUAAGACAUGCUAAUUAUGAAUUCUACGAAUAUAUGGCCAGUAAUUGUAAUUUGUGUGCCAAAGUAAAGAGAAUACAUUUCGCCAUAUUUGAGCCUUCCAUUAAUGAUUAUAGAGCGGCUGAAUUCGAUAUUGGUUUUCCCAAACUUCCCAUUAGCGAACAGAGUGACAUGGAAGCUAAUUGUGUAGCCAACAUACCGGAUGAAGAACAAUUUGCUCUUAACAAUUCACAACCAUUAACCGCUUCUCAAGGCACUCAUACCAAUUUAAGUCUUUCGGUUUCUAUGGAAAAUCUUAAUAAUCUAGAUGAACAAGAUAAUAAUGAUAUAAAUAGUUCUGUGGAAGCACUUAAUGAAUUGAUUCUCAAAGUUAAAGAUAAAGAUUCACAGGACGAGGAAAAGGAACGAACAAUUGUAAGACAACCAUCCACAACGGAAUAUUUACCGGGUAUGAUGCAUACUGAAAGUCCUAUAGGUCUACUGCCACAAUUUCCAAGUUGGUCUUUGUGUUGUGUGGGUUCAAGUUCAGUUUACAGUCAUAGCAACGGUUUGCAAGAACAUUUUCAAUCGGGAUUUUUAUCAGGCUCGAAUUUCUUACUACCCUGGGAUGUGCAAGUACGUUUAGAACACUCGGCUCAGUGGGCUUAUGAAAAGACACGCUAUCGUAAAAUGGGUGAAGUUUUUGUUUUGAAAAUAUUUGUUGGCUUUGAAUAUGAAUGUCCCAGGGGACACAGAUUUAUGAUGUCGGCACCAGAUAAGAUUUUAAGAGGUGCAUCAGGCAUUUUACGUGAUAGCGGCAGCAAAGUGGUUUACAACAAUAUGCCUUUAUAUUUUCCCUGUCCCUGUCGCACUAAAAACUUUAAUGUAGCUCAAUUGAUGCGGGUACAUGUGGUCACACCCAAGGCUCCAGUUAAUGUUUCUUUAGAUCCUAAAGUUCAUACUGGUGAUAGAGAUUUCGUUUUAGGUUUACCCGAACCUCCCAAAUUAUCGCAAAGUGCUUAUUGGAUUUUACGUCUUCCCUAUGUAUAUCAAGGCGAUGAGGGACAUAUUCCUCCACCAAUGGAAGUCACUUCAGCAAAUGCUCUCAACUAUGGUUGUCUAAUGGCUGGCAUGUUUGGUGUAAGUGAAGUUGAGGCAGAUGAGUAGUCAUAUGGGUUUGUGUAAUCGUUGAUUGGAAGAACAAUUACAAGGGGCUAAAUAACUUAGAAAUAGAGAAGUUUUAAAGAGUUUUCUCUGAAAUAAAAGUUUCCGGUUGAUUACAAAAAGUCUGAGAAAUUAUUGUUCUUUUU